UGGGCCAUCCCUAAAUAAACAUAAUCGUUCCGUACGUCUCCGCUUUAGCUCUUCAGCCAUACACAGUCUAUACUUUUUAUUAGUCUAUAAAAAGCAGUCUCUUCAAUCUGCUCUGAGGCUAAGUAAGAUUGAUGUGAGGUCACAGCCAUGGCGGAGAAGGUCGUCACAACAACAAUGGAGCUGAAGGUUGAUCUUCAGUGCUGUCGCUGCUACAAGAAGGUGAAGAAAGUUCUAUGUAAAUUCCCACAAAUACGAGACCAGAUGUACGACGAGAAGCAAAACAAGGUGACAAUCAAAGUGGUGAGCUCCUGUCCCGAAAGGAUUAUGCAAAAGAUACGCUGCAAGGGUGGUAAAUGCAUUAUGUGCAUUGAGAUCAAAAAGCCCCCGAAGCCGCCCGAGAAGCCUCCACCUCCUCCACCGCCUCCUCCGCCCCCUCCUCCGCCUCCUCCACCUCCUCCUCCGCCCGUUCCUCCGCCUCCUCCACCGCCGCCUUGCAAGGUCCCUGUGAUUAUACCGGUUUGCUUACCAAAUUACCCGUUUGGUGUGUGUUGCAGGCCAAGUUGUGAGGGUGGUUGUGGGGUCCCGUGCUUUCAUAGUGAAGGCAAGCCGAAGCCGAAGCCGGAGCCAAAGCCGGAGCCGAAGCCGGAGCCGGAGAAGCCUCCACCUUGUCCACCAUCUCCACCGCCUCCUUGCAAGUUCCCUGUGACUAUACCGGCUUGCUUACCAAAUUACCAGUUUGGUGUGUGUUGCAAGCCAAGUUGUGAGGGUGGUAGUGGGGUCCCGUGCUUUCAUAGUCAAGGCCAGCCGCUCCCCUGUUCUUGUGGUUGCGGUGGGUCUAGGGGUUGCUACGUGAGCCGCUGUGAUUACUUUUGUGAAGAAAACCCAUCAGAAUGCACAGUCAUGUAAAUGGAAGUGCAUGCUUGUUUCCUCUGUUAUGCGUUGUUAUACGUAUUUGGGUCUUCUUUAUUCUUGCUUCAUAGGAUUAGAAAAUACUAGUAAGGUGGCUGAGUGCUACAUGAAGUUGUAAUCAUGACUUUUAAAUAAAAGAAGUUUCCUAGCUAAUAAUAAAUUCUAUCAUCGAUCAGUUCA